AUGGCAGAAGAUGUUCAAGAAAAAAUUAAAGUUAUCAAUGAAUUAUACAGAGGAAUAUGUAACGAGUACCUUGAAAUAUUUCAAAUUAAGAAAAAUGGAACUAUUAAAGCAACAAAUGAAAAUUGUAUAAAA